AUGGCAGAGGCUGAUCUUCUACAGCUCAUUCUCAUGCGACUUCCUGUCAAAUCUCUACUCCGAUUCAAAUCCGUCUCUAAGACAUGGAACGAUACCAUUUGCAGUCGCGACUUUGCCCUCGCACAUCUCCAUGAAUCGAAGAAUAAUCUAUCGUCGUUGUUGUCCUAUCGAAACAUGUUUCUUUUCGAGUCCCUUGAUCAAAGAGCAUACAACGUCUCUAGAUUAAUGGAAAACAAUGAAUUGAAGCCAUUGCUCGGCCUCAAAUCGGAAUACUGCAUUCUCCCGGAUGAGCGAUGUUGCUGCGAUGGCCUAAUGCUCGUACAAUCGAGAAGCGGAAUCGUCAUCUGGAAUCUAUCUACCAGAACUUAUACAGAUUUGGGGUUUCCUUUUCCGGAUCGAGCUAUCGGCCUAUGCGGCAUCGGAUUCGAUCCAUUAACGAAGGAUUACAAAAUAGUUGCCGCUGAUACGUUUCACGAUCGAUACACCGUGUUUAACAACAGAAACGGGCAUUGGAACGAGUUGAAAAGUAUGGGAACAACAUUUGAAGAUGACAUAAAAAACUUCCCCUUCAAUGGCCGCAUGAUCAAUUUGUACUAUACCAUACUGGGUAGAGGAAACAAUAGUUACAAUAUCGAAAUGUUCUUCUUCAACUUUUGCAUUCUCGUUGGUGACAUUUACCGCGACAAGUGCCGCAUUGUGUGGAAGAGGACCGGUGGCGAAUGGAUGGAGUUUGAUGAUUUGCCGAUUCUGGGGACGGAGUUAUGGAUGGGGUGUAGCAUGUCGGAUCCGAGGAUAGUGGAUUUGUAUCAGAUCUCUUUCCGGAUGUACUUGAUCGACUACAAUGAUAGAGAGCUUAUAUUCACUAUUCAUAGGGAUGAUAACUCAUGUUUCGUAAUCUAUAAUUUGAUCGAAAGAAAGAGUAGAGUGAUUUCAAAGCCGGAUGGUGUGUUUUACGAACGUCCUUUGAUGGGAUACUUAGAUAAUCUCUUUUUCACUACUUAG